AUGAAGCUUUUAUCACUGAUUUCUGGAGGCAAAGAUGGAAUUUACAGCAUUUUAUGCGCUAGAAGGCAGGGCCAUGAGAUUGUGCUUCUGGGCCACAUGACUCCUCAGGAUUCCAACACACAUGAACUGGAUAGUUACAUGUUUCAGACUAUAGGCCACAAUGUGAUAGAGUCGAUAAGCAAAUGCCUCGAUAUCCCACUCCUUGAAAGAACAAUUGAGAGAGCUCCAGCAUCAACGAAGUCAUUGGACUACACUCCGGAUGAUCAGGAUGAGGUGGAAGACUUAUAUAACCUUGUAAAGGAAGCUCUGGUUUGUUUUAACUUAUCUUAUUUGAAUAAUAAAUCUACUAGAUGGGUCAAAAAUGUAUGCUCUCGGCUUAAUCUAAGCUCAGUAAACCCUUUGUGGGAAAGGAACCAGAGGGAUUUAAUUAAGGAAAUGAUAGAUGAAGGAAUGGAAGCAAUCUUAAUUAAGACGUGCAGCUUAGGGUUAAAUGAAAAACAUCUUGGAAGGAAAAUCAGUGAAAUAUAUGAAGAGCUAUUGGAGAUGGAGAACAAAUAUGGAUUAAAUGUGUGUGGAGAAGGUGGAGAAUACGAAACGUUAGUUCUCGACUGUCCAAUUUACAAAAAGAAAAUAUUAAUAGAGGAACAUGAAAAAAUAUAUCAUUCCAAAGAUCCUUACGCCCCAACAAUAUUAUAUGUGCCACUAAAAUGGAGGUUGGAAUCCAAAUAA